GGUUUUGUCACGCCAAAUUAUUCUACGAAGUUUUACUAGUUCGCUCUUUUUAACACAGGAUCCGGACUAGUGCAGGAUGAAGCUCUUCUUUCUCCUUGCGAUUUUCGGCCUGGCACUCGGGACCACGAUACAAAGGAAAGAGGCACGUGGCCUUCUGGAUUCGCUGUCCUCACUGACACAGGGGACAAAACUCGGUACAGCCUUCAAGGUUAUUGACGCUGUGGGAAAAGUCGGCAGUUUCUUUGAUCAACUCAAACAACUCGCUCCUGAGGUUCACCAAGCCUUUAACAGCAGCAUCUCCGAGAUCUCCUCAUCGCUCAACGAUCUGGUCAACCACUUUGCUUCCCAGAUAGAAACUCCAACCAGCAACAAACAGGCACGUGGCCUUCUGGAUUCGCUUUCCUCACUGACACAGGGGACAAAACUCGGCACAGCCUUCAAGGUUAUUGACGCUGUGGGAAAAAUCGGCAGUUUCUUUGAUCAACUCAAACAACUCGCUCCUGAGGUUCACCAAGCCUUUAACAGCAGCAUCUCCGAGAUCUCCUCAUCGCUCAACGAUCUGGUCAACCACUUUGCUUCCCAGAUAGAAACUCCAACCACCAGUAAACAGACUCGUGGCCUGCUGGAUUCGCUGUCCUCACUGACACAGGGGACAAAACUCGGUACAGCCUUCAAGGUGAUUGACGCUGUGGGAAAAGUCGGCAGUUUCUUUGAUCAACUCAAACAACUCGCUCCUGAGGUUCACCAAGCUUUAAACAGCAGCAUCUCCGAAAUCUCCUCAUCGCUCAACGAUCUGGUCGACCACUUUGCUUCUCAGAUCGAAACUCCAGCCAGCAACAAACAGGCACGUGGCCUUCUGGAUUCGCUAUCCUCACUGACACAGGGGACAAAACUCGGCACAGCCUUCAAGGUUAUUGACGCUGUGGGAAAAAUCGGCAGUUUCUUUGAUCAACUCAAACAACUCGCUCCUGAGGUUCACCAAGCCUUUAACAGCAGCAUCUCCGAGAUCUCCUCAUCGCUCAACGAUCUGGUCAACCACUUUGCUUCCCAGAUAGAAACUCCAACCACCAGUAAACAGACUCGUGGCCUGCUGGAUUCGCUGUCCUCACUGACACAGGGGACAAAACUCGGUACAGCCUUCAAGGUGAUUGACGCUGUGGGAAAAAUCGGCAGUUUCUUUGAUCAACUCAAACAACUCGCUCCUGAGGUUCACCAAGCUUUAAACAGCAGCAUCUCCGAAAUCUCCUCAUCGCUCAACGAUCUGGUCAACCACUUUGCUUCUCAGAUCGAAACUCCAGCCAGCAACAAACAGGCACGUGGCCUCCUGGAUUCGCUUUCCUCACUGACACAGGGGACAAAACUCGGCACAGCCUUCAAGGUUAUUGACGCUGUGGGAAAAAUCGGCAGUUUCUUUGAUCAACUCAAACAACUCGCUCCUGAGGUUCACCAAGCCUUUAACAGCAGCAUCUCCGAGAUCUCCUCAUCGCUCAACGAUCUGGUCAACCACUUUGCUUCCCAGAUAGAAACUCCAACCACCAGUAAACAGACUCGUGGCCUGCUGGAUUCGCUGUCCUCACUGACACAGGGGACAAAACUCGGUACAGCCUUCAAGGUGAUUGACGCUGUGGGAAAAGUCGGCAGUUUCUUUGAUCAACUCAAACAACUCGCUCCUGAGGUUCACCAAGCCUUUAACAGCAGCAUCUCUGAAAUCUCCUCAUCGCUCAAUGAUUUGGUCGACCACUUUGCUUCUCAGAUCGAAACUCCAACCAAAAACAAGUUCUAAGUCUUAAGGAAUAUCAACAGCAUAUCUCUUCCGGGAUAGGCAUUUUACAUGAUUGUACGGAUGAAAUAGAUGUCCUCAUAGAAGCUUUAAAUCUGAAUUGGUCAUUAUGCUUGCAUGACAAGCAUUCUGCUGGUGGACUGAAAUAAAUUGGAGUUAACAUCACUGCAUUUUACCUAAUCCUGCUUCAUUUGUGGUGCAAGAGAUGUUGCUACUUUUUAUGCAUUUACAUUUAAAAUGAAACACUGAUGUAAACUGACCGGAUUCACCGGUUACGUAUGACCAUUUGCCAACUAUCAUAUGUGCUGUCUUCUCUGAUCUGGUUUUACUCUCAGUGCCGAAGUCUUGCAUUUUACCAAUAUGCUUUCAUCUGCAUGUGCUUGACCUAAAUAAAAUGGACCGUAAAAGACGCCACUGGAUACCGAUAAGGAGUUAAGAUGCAAGAUUUUUUGGUAUACUUACUUGUUUCAUACCAUGAAGAUAGAUCAUAUCUGGGAGCACACAGACAUUAUCAACUUUUGGUCGAGAGAAAGUUUCAAUAUUUACGUAUAUAUUUAAAGAAUUACUUACCUUAGUGAAACCUGAUGAUGCGGAGGCACAUCUUGGCGUUCAUGGCGAAUUCAUAGCUAAGCCCUCCCUUCUACACAUAUUAGCAGACGUAUAAUUUCUGUUGGAAGCUAUACUUUGUUAAAUGCUUGACUGUAUUCAUAUAGUAUGCAGCAGAUUAUUCUGUUAAAUAUAGCACAAUUACCAGAAUACAUUGUAGCAUCACUCAGACAUUCUAUUAAAAUCAGCAUAGUACUUUGGAGUGUAUCAACAUAGUAUUUUACGCACACACGCCAAUA